GCCAGGAACUCUUUCUGCCACAAUGAAGCACCUGCUCCAAAAGAGCAAAUAAGCCAAAUCAUGCGGCUGGCAAACAAGCUUUCCGUGUUCCUUCCCCCCGUGACCCACUCCGAGGAGAAGAAAAGCUCCAAAGCUGCAGCUCUUGCUGCUCUCCAGGCAAUAAAAACAGCUCCUCCGUGAAGCCGAGAGAGCUUCUUCACCAGCUCACGGGGUACAGAGGCAGCCUCGGAGCUGCUGCUUGGAAAAAACCCCAAAGGUUUUCCCCCUCCCCAAAAUAAGCGACUCCUUCUGCUAUGGAGAGAGAAAUCCCCGUCCUGCGAGUUGGGUCCCAAUUAAUGGAUUCUGACAUGGAUUAUGAGAGGCCAAACGUAGAAACUAUCAAGUGCGUCGUGGUCGGGGACAACGCGGUGGGCAAGACCCGGCUCAUCUGUGCCCGCGCCUGCAACGCCACCCUGACCCAGUACCAGCUCCUGGCCACCCACGUCCCCACCGUGUGGGCCAUCGACCAGUACCGUGUCUGCCAGGAGGUGCUGGAGCGCUCCCGGGAUGUGGUAGAUGAUGUUAGUGUGUCCUUGAGGCUCUGGGACACCUUUGGUGACCACCACAAAGACAGGCGCUUCGCCUAUGGCAGGUCCGACGUGGUGGUUUUGUGCUUCUCCAUCGCCAACCCCAACUCCCUGCACCAUGUGAAGACCAUGUGGUACCCUGAGAUCAAGCACUUCUGCCCCCGGGCCCCUGUCAUCCUGGUGGGCUGCCAGCUCGACCUGCGCUACGCCGACCUGGAGGCCGUCAACCGGGCACGGCGCCCCUUGGCCAGGCCAAUCAAACCUAACGAGAUCCUGCCCCCGGAGAAGGGGAGGGAGGUGGCCAAGGAGCUGGGGAUCCCUUAUUACGAGACCAGCGUGGUGGCCCAGUUUGGCAUCAAGGAUGUCUUCGACAACGCCAUCCGUGCCGCCCUCAUCUCCCGCCGCCACCUCCAGUUCUGGAAGUCCCACCUCCGCAACGUCCAGAGACCCCUGCUCCAAGCCCCUUUCCUACCCCCCAAACCCCCACCACCCAUCAUCAUCGUCCCAGACCCUCCUUCCAACAACGAGGAACGCCCGGCCCACCUCUUGGAGGACCCCCUGUGCGCGGACGUCAUCCUGGUGCUGCAAGAGAAGAUCAAAAUCUACGCACACAAGAUCUACCUCUCCACCUCCUCCUCCAAGUUUUAUGACCUGUUCCUCAUGGACCUGAGCGAGGAGGACCAGCAGAGCGUGGCGGGGCACGGCUUCGGGGUGGCCGUCACCGCGGCCGCCGAGCGGAUGUUGCACCAGGAGGAGAGGCACCACGGGAGGGAUUUCCUCCUCCGAGCUGCCAGCUUUGAUAUCUGUGAGAGCACCGAGGAGGCCGGACCUGGCCAGAGAAAACCGUGCCUUAGAGCCUCCACCAGUGACGGGAUCCUGCGGGGUAACCGCUACGAGAACGGGGAGCGUGGGCUGAGGAGGGGAAGGGACCUCUCCUCUUGGAGCAGGGCUUUCACCAGCAUCCAGGAGGAGAUGGCAGAAGAUCCGCUGACCUUCAAGUCCAAGCUGAUGGUGGUGGUGAAGAUGGAUGCUUCUAUUCAACCGGGUCCUUUCCGGGCUGUCUUGAAGUACUUGUACACAGGGGAGCUGGAUGAGAACGAGAGGGACCUGAUGCACAUUGCUCACAUUGCUGAGCUGCUGGAGGUCUUCGACCUCCGGAUGAUGGUGGCCAACAUCCUCAACAACGAGGCGUUCAUGAACCAGGAGAUCACCAAAGCCUUCCACGUCCGGAGGACCAACCGGGUGAAGGAAUGCCUGGCCAAGGGGACUUUCUCAGAUGUCACCUUCGUGCUGGAUGAUGGUGCUAUCAGUGCCCACAAGCCCCUGCUCAUCUCCAGCUGCGACUGGAUGGCUGCCAUGUUCGGUGGCCCCUUCGUGGAGAGCUCCACCAACGAGGUGGCACUUCCUUACACCAGCAAGAGCUGCAUGCGGGCGGUCCUGGAGUACCUGUACACCGGGCAGUUCAGCUCCAGCCCCGACCUCGACGACAUGAAGCUCAUCAUCCUCGCCAACCGCCUCUGCCUGCCGCACUUGGUGGCACUUACUGAGCAGUACACUGUCACUGGCCUGAUGGAGGCGGCGCAGAUGAUGGUGGACAUCGAUGGGGACGUCCUCGUGUUCCUGGAGCUAGCUCAGUUCCACUGCGCCUACCAGCUGGCCGACUGGUGCCUCCACCACAUCUGCACCAACUACAACAACGUCUGCCGCAAGUUCCCGCGGGACAUGAAGGCCAUGUCAGGAGAGAACCAGGAGUACUUUGAGAAGCACCGCUGGCCGCCGGUGUGGUACCUGAAGGAGGAGGAUCACUACCAGCGGGCGAAGAAGGAGCGGGAGAAGGAAGACUACCUCCACCUCAAACGGCAGCCCAAGAGGAGGUGGCUCUUCUGGAAUGCCUCCUCCUCUCCUUCCUCCUCUCCUUCAUCGUCGGCAGCCACAGCCUCCUCUUCUUCCUCCUCCUCCUCCUCCUCGGCUGUGGUUUGAAAGCCCGUCCUUGCCCUGGCUCCAGCAUCCCUGGGAGGAGACGGGGAGGAGGAGGAGGAAGGGUGGGAUGACCUGCCCCAGCACCAGGCGUGGAGUGGAUGCCACCAGCUGAAGUUCCAGAGGAGAUGGUGGGAGCAGGGGUGGCAGCAGGGGCCUGGCCCUGCAGAGGAGCCCCAGGUGCUCCUGGAGCCCUGCUCGCCCCACGCCGCGGCUGCCAGCGCGCCCAAGGACUGGCAGAGACUGAGCAGCAGGAGAAACUCAUGUUUACAGGAGCACGAGGGCUGUGUCGUGGUUUCAUUUUGGGUUUGGUUUUUGUUCUUUCCUGGUUUGGUUUUUGGUUUGUUUUUUAAUUUGGAACAUCAGCAGCAUGAGGACAAGGAGAAGAAGAAGAAACCCAUCCUGCUUCCACUUUGGAGUUGUAACCAGAAGCUGUGGGAUACGGUUGGUUUGUCCAACAGCAUCUCACCACCCUGAGCAGCCAGAGCUGCUGCCAAGGGGGUCCUGUCCCCCUCUUUGACUUGAAGCAGGGUCAGGGCAGGGUGCAGGGGACCUUGGUCCCCAAAUGCCUCCAGGCAUUGCAGCAUCAUCCCUCUAUUUGCUCACAAGUGGGAUCUAAUUCGGGGAGGGGACAGGAGCCCUCUCCUCCCUGCCACUAACUUGGCAUCUUUUUUUUAAAAAAGGAGAACUAAAAGCAAAAAAAAACCAGCCAACAAACCCCAUGACCCCAACAACCCCAAACCCACCCCCCUCAACCUGCCACACCAGAAACCAAGCCCAGGCCCUGGCCUUGGGAUUUUAAAGCCUGGAAGGUUCCAUUGUAAUAAAUGGUAUUUUAAAAGCCCAGCGUGAUCCCUGUGUGCUUGGGAGGAAGCAGCUGGACACAGGGCAGCUUUGUGCCCUGGAUGGGGUGACACCCACACCCCUCCACCAGCACUCCCAGGAGGGACAGGGACAGUGGAAAAGGAUCCAACCAUCAAAUAAACCCUGUAGAGGUGGCUUUGCCAUCAGACUCACUUUGCAUGUCCCACCUGUGUCCUUGUAGGUGCAUGAAUGUCCGUGGCAGGAGGUGCUAGGGCAGAGCCACCUGCCCCAGGGAGGUCUGUAGGACUGUCAGGCAGGGAGGGAGCCACAAUUCUGCUUGUCCUUCCCAGCUGGGAAGAGGAAAAGCUCCUUUGAGCCCAUCUCUGCUGCUGGACUGAGGACGUAGGGAUGCUCCUGGUGGUGUCACCUCCCACUUUGUCCCAGCUGGUGCCAGUAGAGCACUUUGGGAGUCACUCAUUUCACACGUUCAUCCUUGGCCACGGAUGCAGGAGCAGGGCUGCAGCUCCAGCAAACUAUCACUCCAUGUUUGCCCACUUUGCAGCCCCAGCCAGCAGGCAGGAUGACAAGUUUCUUUCCCUUUCAAAUCCGGGCACUCGCCGUUGCUUCCGAGUCCCGUUUGCCUUCCCCAGGCCAGGACCUGAGCCUCCAUGUCCCAGCAUUAAACCCUGCACGUGCCUGGCUCUGUGGGAGCUACCUGCCAAGGUCUGAAUCCCUGAGAGGCACAAGGAGGCUGCCCAGGACACGUCCUUGGGCACAAGGCAGGUCACCAAGACCUCCUGCUUUCAGCACUUGAGAAAUUGCCCGCGUUACAAACAAACCCGACGGCAGCGCGAGGGGGCUUUUCUGGGAGCCCCUUUUCUCACUGAGCACUGCAUGGAUUUUGCAAAGCAGCUACUGCAGCUACUGCAGCACACAGAGCCCUGGCUUGGGGAGCACUACAGCCCCCCCCCAGGCAGCAGCAGCAGCCUCAUCAGGGGGGUCAGCAGCAUCACUUGGCCCCCGGGGAGAAGGGGUCCCAGCCCCCCCCCAGCGCGCGCGCCCAGGGACUGAGAUUUCAGCCUCCCAACUUUUGCAGGUGACUUAAGAUGGUGGGACUCACGGCUUAGGUGUAAAAAGCAGAGCUCAGGUUGGCUGCUGAGGAGUUUCCCUGGUGGAAGCAUCACUGGUGGGGCCCAUUCCUGGCAGGAUUCCAGUGUGGCGAGAGGACUAACGCCACGGGCUGGGUCCCGGGUACCACGCGGAACAAGCUGCUGAGCAUCAGGGUCCAGCUCCUUUUGGUGCCCCCUGACACCUGGAACAGAUGAUGGUCAAUGUUAUGGCAGAGCAAAGUGUGUGGGGGGGGGGAAUAAAAAAAGAGAAAGGUGAGAAAUUGGGAAGGUUUUUUUA